AUGGAUUAUCACAGACAUAUGGAAGCUACUCAUCAGCAGAGUCAGUCGAGUCAGUGGAACUACGGCUGGGGUCCGCCUGCGCCGGCGCCGGCACCAGCUCCUCCAUUGCCACCCGCUCCUGCGCAAAGAAAUAAAAGAACACACUCGGAGAGUGAAGACGAUGCCUUUUCAGAGGAAAGCAGCAAAGACGCAACGUCUCCAGGUGGUGACUCCUGUCAAUUAAUGACGCGCAAACGAAGAAGAGGGGUGAUCGAGAAGAAGCGUAGAGACAGAAUUAAUACAUCAUUAACCGAACUUAAGCGAUUAGUUCCUGCUGCUUGUGAGAAGCAAGGUUCCGCUAAACUGGAGAAAGCGGAAAUUCUACAACUAACCGUGGACCAUUUGAAAAUGCUACAUGCUAAAGGUCUCGAUACGCUGGCCUACGAUCCACAAAGAUACGCAAUGGAUUACCACAGCAUAGGGUUCAGAGAAUGUGCAGCUGAAGUAGCCCGAUAUCUAGUCAGCUGUGAGGGCCUGGACAUCCAAGAUCCCUUACGCCUUCGUCUCAUGAGCCACCUCCAAUGCUUCGCGGCACAACGUGAACUUGCAGCCAAAUCCGCGAACUGGGGUUACCCACAAUACCCUCCAGUUCAGCACACCGGUUAUUCAAGUCAGGACCCUUCAACGUCCACAGCACCGUCCAUACCAGCACCCACACCAGUCGCAGCGCCUUUAUCAGCAGCACCCGCAUAUCCACAUUACCCACCAGCUCCCCCCGCACCGCCUGGUCCACCAGUACCCCCCGGUCCUCACCCAGCACCGACAGCCCCCCAUUAUCCCGCUCCAUAUCCUCACCAUCCCCCACACCAUCAAUAUUCUCAAAACAGUUCAAAACCGUAUAGACCUUGGGGUGCAGAACUGGCGUACUAG